AGCGUACGGUCUGAGAGGCAGAGUAGCCACUCUCCUUAGGGAGUCCAGUAAUUCUGGAGGGCUCUGUACAUACCUGACUGGUGUUCCACGAAACAGUCCAGGAUAAAUUAGUGUGUGUGUGGUUAACUAGCUGCAGCCAUGUGUGACCAGACGUUUGUGGCCAUCACCUUUGGGCCAUGUGACAGCUGCUCCGAGAACCGGCCUUUGAUGAACCUCUACAUCAAGACUGAGCCCAUCAACUACUGCUCACUAUGCAUGGAGAUAAUGGCUUGCCAGGACCUUGCUGGCGGCGAGACUCUGAAUUCGUUGAAGGCGGAGACGGAGUCCCUGAGGAAGAGGCUCGAGGAGGAGCGGAAGAAACUGCACGAUGUGGAGCUGGAGAAGGUAGCUGAGAAGGCGGAAGCACUCAGUGCUUUAAACUUGAAAACCCGGCGCACGCUGAAAGGCCAUGCCAAUAAGGUGCUCUGCAUGGACUGGUGCAAAGAUAAACGACGCAUGGUCAGCUCCUCCCAGGACGGAAAGGUUAUCGUAUGGGAUGCUUUCACCACCAAUAAGGAACAUGCAGUGAGCAUGCCAACUACGUGGGUGAUGGCAUGUGCCUACGCACCCUCUGGAUGUGCCAUCGCCUGUGGGGGAUUGGAUAACAAGUGUUCCGUGUACCCUCUUUCACUGGACCAGAAUGAGAAUUUGGCGGCCAAGAAGAAGUCAGUUGCCCUGCACACCAACUACCUGUCCGGCUGCACCUUCACAAACUCAGAUAUGCAGAUCCUGACGUGCAGCGGGGACGGCACCAGUGCCCUGUGGGACGUGGAAAGCGGUCAGCUGCUGCAGAGUUUCCAUGGUCACUCUGCCGACGUCCUGACCCUGGACCUGGCCCCCUCUGAGACGGGAAACACUUUUGUCUCUGGGGGCUCUGAUAAGAAGGCUAAUAUAUGGGACUUGCGCUCAGGGCAGAACAUCCAAUCAUUUGACACUCACGAGUCUGACGUCAACUGCGUCAAGUAUUACCCUAGUGGGGAUGCUUUUGCCUCUGCAUCCGAUGACGCUACUUGUCGUCUGUUUGAUCUCAGGGCUGAUCGUGAGGUGUCCAUCUACUCCAAAGAUAGCAUCAUAUUCGGAGCCACAAGUGUUGACUUUUCUCUUAGUGGGCGCCUGUUAUUUGCUGGCUAUAACGACUACACCAUCAACGUAUGGGACGUGUUGAAGGGGACCAGAGUGGCCGUCUUGUUUGGCCAUGAGAACAGAGUCAGCUCACUCAAAUUUUCGCCUGACGGAACUGCUUUCUGCUCUGCUUCCUGGGACAACACUCUACGGAUCUGGGCCUAGUGGUGCUGUGGUGUCAUCAGAGUGAGAUAGUGGAAUCCCUGAAAGUCUGGACUCAAAGGUCCCGGGGUCAGGACCAGAGUCACAUGAUCAUUCAAUCCAGAGCAGCCCAUGGAGCACACAUAUGCCUAUAGAAAAUGUACACACACAAAUAUAAUAAUAAUACAUUAUUUAGGUUUGAUUCAGAUAGACUAUUUAUUUGAAUUGAUUUAGACUACACAUUUCUCUAAAGCGUUGUUGUUAUUAGAAUGUUUGAUAUUACAGUAUUAUUACUAUUGUCUAAAGGACUGUUUUCUCUACAGCAGCUCACAGUUAAUAUCAUUCUCAGGAGUGCUAACUGUCCUGUAAUAUUCACUGCCCUUUUCUUCUCCUCAGUCCCCCUUUACAGCCCUGUUGCCUGUUUAGUUUACCAGUCAUUGAGUCAUUCUGUCAGACAACCCAGAGUCUUAACUUUUUCUCUCAGAUCUAAUGGUAAAUAAACCAAUGAUGUUAUAUUGUUAAA